GAGCCCAGUUUGCGCUGCAGGAUCCAGAGAUGACAUCAGUGAAGCUGGAAGACUGCAGUCAAACACUGGAGCUGAAUGUCAACAUUAAAGAUGAAGAAGAGGAGGAGAAGAUUAGGACAACUGUUAGUCAUGGAGACCACGUUGAGACAUACUCUACAUCCAGAGAGCAACAUCAGGAAGAUCACAGAGCUAGGAGGUCUCACCACUGCCCACAUUGUGAGGAGAUUUUCCCACUUCCAUCAAAACUAAAAAUACACCUAAAAAUACACACAGGAGAAAAGCCUUACUCCUGCUCUGACUGUGGGGCGAGUUUCUCUCGACUGGGCACCUUAAAACAACAUGAACGUAUACACACAGGAGAGAAGCCUUACUCCUGCUCCGACUGUGUAAAAUGCUUCACAACAUCAACUGAGCUAAAAGUUCAUCAGAGAACACAUACAGGAGAGAAGCCUUACUCCUGCUCUGACUGUGGGGCGAGGUUCUCUCAACUAGGCAACUUAAAACAACAUGAACGUAUACACACAGGAGAGAAGCCUUACUCCUGCCCUGACUGUGUAAAAUGCUUCACAACAAUAACUGAGCUAAUAGUUCACCAAAGAACACACACAGGAGAGAAGCCUUACUCCUGCUCUGUCUGUGGGGCGAGUUUCUCUCGACUGGGCACCUUAAAACAACAUGAACGUAUACACACAGGAGAGAAGCCUUACUUCUGCUCUGACUGUGGAAAGAGUUUCUCUCAACUGGGCCACUUAAAAAGACAUGAACGUAUACAUACAGAAGUGAAACCUUACUCCUGCUCUGACUGUGUAAAAUGUUUCAAAACAUCAACUGAGCUAAAAGUUCAUCAUGGAACACACACAGGAGAGAAGCCUUACUCCUGCUCUGACUGUGUAAAAUGCUUUACAACAUCAACUGAGCUAAAAGUUCACCAAAGAACACACACAGGAGAGAAGCCUUACUUCUGCUCUGACUGUGGGGCAAGGUUCUCUCGACUGGGCACCUUAAAACAACAUGAACGUACACACACAGGAGUGAAGCCUUACUACUGCUCUGACUGUGGAAAGAGUUUCUCUCGACUGGGUAACUUAAAACAACAUGAACGUAUGCACACAGGAGAGAAGCCUUACUCCUGCUCUGACUGUGGGGCGAGUUUCUCUCAUCCGGGCACCUUAAAACAACAUGAACGUAUACACACAGGAGAGAAGCCUUACUCCUGCUCUGACUGUGUAAAAUGCUUCACAACAUCAAAUGAGCUAAUAGUUCAUCAAAGAACACACACAGGAGAGAAGCCUUACUCCUGCUCUGACUGUGGAAAGAGUUUCUCUCAACUGGGUGACUUAAAAAGACAUGAACGUAUACACACAGGAGAGAAGCCUUUCUACUGCUCUGACUGUGGGGCGAGUUUCUCUCAUCCGGGCACCUUAAAACAACAUGAACGUAUACACACAGGAGAGAAGCCUUACUCCUGCUCUGACUGUGGGGCGAGUUUCUCUCGACUGGGCACCUUAAAACAACAUGAACGUAUACACACAGGAUAGAAGCCUUACUCCUGCUCUGACUGUGGAAAGAGUUUCUCUCAACUGGGUCAUUUCAAAAGACACCAAGGUAUACAUGAAGGAGAGAAGCCUCAUCAGUUCUCUCAGACCAGCUAAGAUUAGACACUCCACUUAAUUGUCAUGUCAUUAAAUAAUUGGCAACGUUGAAUUGGAUCAAAUGAAGAAAGCGUAGAAUGCUCUAUUGUAAUCCUAUAC